AUGCCCUUCGGAGGGCUGGGAGUCGAUGGAGAGGCUGGUGGCCACUUUCCGCAACCACAGACACCUAGACGAGGAGAAGAGGCGCUUUUUCAGAAAGCCACCUGGGGUCUGGUCUACCGCGGUGCCCGGAGCAGCGAUGCAGUUUUCCCUGGCGAUCCGCGAAGACCCGUCCGUCCCGAGGCCAUGGGGGAGUCUUUGAUCCUCAUGCCGCACCGUGCCAUCGCAACGGCCAUGUCGGACGCCAUGGGCCACUUCUGGGAAGCCCUGUUCCUGAUGGCAGAUGUAGAGAAGGCCGAGAGACGCGGGUCCAACUACCGCUUCUGGUCCUUCUCGCCCCAUGCGAGUGCUCAGACGCGAUGCCAGGCGACUGUCGUUGCGCAGAACGAAUCCUUCUCGGUCAACGGUAGCCGCCUCGUCGUCUUCCCUGAUGUUCGCAGCAAAGAUGCGGAGAUGCUGUACCAGAACAUGACCAUCCCAGACGCCGGGCUGGACAGGUUCCUGUCAAUAGGGCACAGCUCCGUUCCGCGACUUUUCUUUUUCAAUCUUAGUACCCCCGGGCUCUGGAGGAAUGUAUCCAUCGUCACGGCCAUAUCUCUCCCCCUCGAGGGCCAGGGCUCCGUGCUGUACGGCUGUGUGUCCACUACAAAAUGGAUAUGGGCCGACCUUAAAACGACCCCUAACAAGACUAUGACCACGCGCCUCGCGACGAACCUUGACGAGAUGAUGACCACAGGUAGCGACACGGCCAUCGACAAAAUGACGGCCGCGCGCCCAGGGCCCCUGCCUCUCGGCUGGGAGGUGGGCAACUUCCACCGCGUGCUAAUCGAAAAACAGUACGCGGACCUCAUCGACGUGCCCAUCGGCCCUUCGACCGACACGACCAUCUUCCAGCGACUGGCCACGGCUGCGGGGCUGGCCGGUCCUGGAGGUGCGGCCUCUCGCUCCGCAGUCACCACGCUCGGCCAUGUGGAAACGCUCGUCAACAUGCUACUCGCCAUGGGCCUAUCGAACUCAGCCAGCGACGCUGACACCAAGCCCCGGCUUACCAAUCCCGACGGCAAGUGGUGCUGGACAUGUUCCGGGUCAGGCCCGUCUUCGGAAUCUUCCAGCUGAGCAGCAUCGACCCCCGGUGCCGCAGCGGCGCCUUCACGGC